AUGUUGGAAAAUAUCGAGAAGGGUGCCGGCGAUUUCGGUAAGCUGAGGCCGCAGUCCAAGGUCCUUGAGCAAGACAUGAUCAGCGUCCGCAACAGCAUCCUCAAGGCUCUCCAGUCGGGCUUGACUGCGGAUUCCUCCAAGAAGAACUUGCCAAAGAUGAUGCAGCUUGUCGACAAGGCUUUCGCUCUGAUGUCGAAGAUGGGCUUCCAGCGUUCGGGGCCCGCUUUGACGAGCAUGCCAUGGUGCCUCUCUCGGUCCCCCGAUGGUGACCGCAUUGCUGGUGGCAUCGUGUCUUUCAUCGUCAACCCAGGUCUCACGAAAUGGGGUGAUGCACGCGGCAAGAACCUCGAUCAGAGCUACGGCAUCGUGCCCUCCUUAGUUCGACUCGAGAUCCAGGAGCCGAAGCAGGUCAGCAGCCCUGCUUAG